CCCUCCGUCGAGUCGCCGAUCUCGCCUUAGAUGCUGGAGGCGCAAAUCGGAACUUGCAACCAAUUUUCAGAGAUUCCAUCACUACUAAUCCUCACCCUCACCCUCACCCUCACCCUCACCCUCACCCUCUUCCUCAUCAAACAAGUAGACUUUAGGGUUUAGUUCCUUUUUGUUUGUAUAUAUACCCUAGGGUUUCAAUGUCCAAGAGGAAGUUUGGAUUCGAGGGUUUCGGCAUUAACAAACAAUCUACCUACAGCUUCGAGCGACCUCAACCUACCCAGCGACUCUACGUUCCCCCCUCUUCUCGUGGCGGUGGUCAUGAUCACUACGAAGACACAGACCUGGACAACAUCGACUAUGAAGAUCCCACCCACAAUAACGAAGGAGGCGCCGCCGGAGCAGAUGACGGUGAAAUUGACCCACUUGAUGCCUUUAUGGAAGGGAUUCAUGAGGAGAUGAGGGCCGCGCCGCCUCCAAACCCUAAAGAGAAAGCAGAUAAGUACAGGGACGACGACGAGGAUGAUCCCAUGGAGAGCUUUUUGAGAGCCAAGAAGGACGUGGGCUUGACCCUGGCAUCUGAAGCUCUUCAUGCUGGUUAUAAUUCAGACGAGGAGGUCUACGCUGCCGCCAAGGCGGUUGAUGCUGGAAUGCUAGAGUAUGAUUCGGAUGAUAAUCCUGUAGUUCUUGAUAAGAAGAAGAUUGAGCCUAUCGCUGCUCUGGAUCAUAGUUCGAUUGAUUACGAACCCUUCAACAAAGAUUUCUAUGAAGAAAAACCAUCCAUAUCAGGUAUGAGUGAGCAGGACGUUGCAGAGUAUCGAAAGAGCUUGGCUAUCCGUGUUUCAGGCUUUGAUGUCCCAAGGCCCAUUAAGACAUUUGCAGAAGCUGGCUUUUCUGUAGAGCUAAUGAAAGCUAUUGCAAAACAAGCUUAUGAAAAGCCUACUCCAAUACAGUGCCAGUCUUUGCCAAUUGUGCUCUCUGGGAGAGAUGUCAUUGGCAUUGCAAAAACUGGUUCAGGGAAGACUGCUGCCUUCAUUCUUCCUAUGAUUGUACAUAUUAUGGAUCAACCUGAACUGGCUAAAGAAGAGGGACCCAUUGGAGUAGUUUGUGCACCUACCAGAGAACUGGCACAUCAAAUAUAUUUGGAGGCCAAGAAAUUUGCAAAAGCCAAUGACAUUCGUGUGUCUGCAGUUUAUGGUGGAAUGUCCAAACUUGAGCAGUUUAAAGAACUGAAGUCGGGCUGCGAGAUAGUUGUUGCAACUCCUGGGAGAUUGAUAGACAUGCUAAAGAUGAAGGCACUCACGAUGUCAAGAGCUACUUACUUGGUCCUUGAUGAGGCUGAUAGGAUGUUUGACCUUGGAUUUGAAUCUCAGAUAAGAUCCAUUGUAGGUCAGAUCAGGCCAGAUCGCCAAACACUGCUUUUUUCAGCAACAAUGCCCCGCAAAAUUGAGAAGCUUGCCCGGGAGAUACUGACCGACCCAGUGAGAGUUACUGUUGGAGAGAUUGGAAUGGCUAACGAGGAUAUUACCCAAGAAGUUCAAGUACUUUCUGCAGAUACAGAGAAAUUGCUUUGGCUGCUUGAAAAGCUACCAGGACUGAUUGAUAAUGGUGACGUACUGGUUUUUGCUUCAAAAAAGGCAACAGUGGAUGAGAUAGAAAACCAACUAUCCCAGAAGGGGUUUAAAGUUGCCGCUCUUCAUGGUGACAAAGAUCAGGCAUCUCGUAUGGAGACAUUGCAAAAAUUUAAAGCUGGAAUAUACCAUGUUCUUGUUGCAACCGAUGUUGCUGCCCGUGGUCUUGAUAUCAAGUCAAUCAAGUCAGUGGUUAACUUUGAUAUAGCUAGAGACAUGGACAUGCAUGUCCAUCGAAUUGGGAGAACAGGCCGUGCUGGUGAUAAAGAUGGGACUGCUUACACUCUUAUCACACAUAAGGAGGCUCGUUUUGCUGGCGAGUUGGUUAACAGUUUGAUUGCAGCUGGUCAAAAUGUGUCAAUGGAACUUAUGGAUCUUGCUAUGAAGGAUUUGCAUCAUUUCAAAUUCUUGGAACAUGAGGGCUCUAUCUUACAGCUUACCAAUCUAGUAUCUUCCUGAGUUAGCAGAAUUGAAGCUGUGGAAGAAUGAAUUUAAACUAAUUAAUUUUUGGGAGACAUGUCCAUGAAGGUACCCAAGAAAGUCUGUCCCUAGUCUCCAGCUGUGAGGCUGCCUUAAUCAACCCUCCUCAUUUACUGGUUUGACCUAAUGUACUUUCGUUACCUAAUAUGCUUUUGUUACGAAACAAAUUUGUGCAUUAAGGUCUAACGAUGUUAGCAGGGGAAGUAGUUGUAUACACCAAUCAUUCUUGUUUUUAGUCCUAAAUAGUUUUUGUUGCAUUAAGGUCCAAAGAUGUUAGCAAGGAAAGUUGUAGUUGGAUUCAGCGUAGCAUUCUUAUCUAGUCUUUCUCCAUUCCUUAGCCAUCCUUUGAUCGCCCCUAUUUUGUUGAACCAGAAAUCCAAGAUGUUGUAAAAGAGAGGAUUGCAUUUUGUAUUUCUCAUAAUAUAGAGGAAAUUUGUACAUGGUGUUUGGGAGAAAAUUUGUACAUGGUCUUUCUCCAUUACAAGCUGCCACUAAUGGAGGAAAUUUGUACAUGGUGUUUGGGAGAAAAGGUAGCAACUACCUAGAACAUAGGAUCAAACAUAAUGAAGUGUUUGGAGUAGCAAUUUCAUACAAGACUCGUGAGGAAGUUCGUGUGGAUGGUGAGAAUCUUUUGAAAGAUACAGUGAGGGCUUUUGCUACACUCUGGGUUCCUAUUUUAACAACUAUGGGUAAAUCUUGGUCAGUGGCCUGAGUUUCAGGAAGUUGGUAUUCAACAAGUGGAGGUGCCUCGUUUUCGGUAGUCGAAUUUGAUUUUUGAACUUGUGUUGGAUCAAAGGCUGGAUUAUGUUUCCUUAAGUGUACAGUGUACUUGCUCAGAUCUUAUGUUAUAUGUUUAAGAGUCUUGUUAUCCUGUACUUGAGACAAAGCUGGAGGUGUAGGCAUGACAUGAGACAUGAACAUAAAAUCUAGGUGUUUUGGAGAAUAAGCAAAACAACUAUCUAAAGUCCAGCAAUCUGCUCUCAGACUUCAUGAAACAAGAUAUUUACAAGAUCAAAUUCUAGGUUACAAAAUUUUGAACAAGAUUCUUAGUGUUGAUUGGCCUCAAGUGAAGGAGAAAAUCCUGUAUCUUCAUUACACCAGCUGUAAUUGCACAUGCAUUUUGUUUGUUGAUUACUUCCACAUGUUUUAAUGGGUCUUCUCUUCUUAAGCGAAUAAUUAUAUUUAUGUAUUUUUCUUUAAUUCUUUGCUACAAUUCUGAGGUGCAUUAUGUAUCAUUACAAAAAAUAAUUAAUGCAUCUUAUGGUAUUUGAAGAUCCUUGUAAAAUUCUUAGAAAUCAUAGCGAGUGACUUUUUAACUUGUAAA